UACAACAUCUCACCAGCCUUGCGUUGUGCGAUGUCAAGUUCAAAACUUGGGCAAAAUUCCUUCGUAUCAUUCGCGUUCAACACCGGGUCCAGCACAUCAAACUAGGACUCGUCGAAAUAGACGUCUUGCCAACGGUCAACGAACCCAGGUUUGGCUGGCCACCGUCGCUUGUUUUAACAGAGCUGCAGGAGCUAAUAAUGGACAACUGCUACGUCCCUGCAAGUGCAAUUCCGGUAUUUCUGUCGCUUGGACUUCGAGGCAAGCCGAACUUGAUCUCUUUUCCCACCGACGAUUUCUUGCAAUACCAUCCGCGACGACUUGACGGCAGUCGUGACCGCCCGCCGUCUCGGCAACUCCGCUACAAUGACGUGAACGCAGUCUUGCAGAUUGCUCAAGCUCUCGGACGACAUCUCUGCGCACGACAGAAUCACACCGAAAGAGCGGAGCAGUGCAAGUUCAACAUUCUUGCCCUACACCCUCUGGGAGGCUCGCUUGACAAGCCGCCGCCCCCAGAAACUCCGUACUUGACAGUUGAGUCCUACCGCGAGAAGCACGAGGAAGCGGGAGGAAUGAAAAAGAUGACCACCGUUCACAUUAUAGUGGCCAAGAUACAAGAGUCUAGAGAAGAUCUGUGGCGAAUCAAGGAAGUUGUAAUCAAGCUUGGUAUACUGUGCGGCACGAUGGAGAAUACAGCGCGUGCGCUGGAAUCUCUGGAUCGCGACUUCGCUGCGAUAUUCACUGAGGACAACCCUUCGCUUGCAUUCUCCUUCCGAAUAAAGGUCGACCGGGAGUUAUUCAAGGAGAUCACGACGGUUGUACCUGACCCCCUGCGACUACUUGAAGAAAAGGGGAAAUUAAUUCCAGAACUUGAAGAAGACAUGGACGAUGGCGAUUCAGACGUUAUCCGACUAUGAUACACGCCCCGCUUGAAUCGCCCGCUCGUCCAACGCUAACUGACGCCACCGCGCCUUUGGCAUCUUCUCUUUCACCCUGUCCGUACUCAACUGAGCCUUCGAGCUAGCCGCGCACGACAUCAGCAAGGCGACGCCGGCAUCUCCACCUCCUCCGUCCUGACUCCUCGUGGCCGCUUCCACAUCCCAUAUCCACUCCAUCGUCAUCCCAGCAUAUGCCAGCGUUGCCGAGUGAUCUGCGCCCGUCGUACCAGCACUGUUUCCGUGCGUCCGCCAGCUCCGCAGCCUUGCACCAGCUACGCCAGAGGUCUCGGCUUUGCGUCGUUUUUAGAGGCACAACGGCCUGGAUAAUGAACCCGUUGCGCCAGCGGGGUUGGUAGUUUUACCUCCUGGCAUGUACGGUGGCGGCCCCGGGAGCGCCUUGUCAACUGGUAAUAUGGAAGUAGGUGGCGAGAGCCGGACGGCAGGGGCAUGCAGGUCAGCGCGAGGGGCGGAUUGAAGGUCGGAUCGGAGGUGGCUGCGGCGCCGGAUUGCUGCUGGUCAAAGUGUAAAAGAUAAAAUGUACGAGCUCAAGAAUGACAUCUGGUACCAUUUUCAGCGCUUAGAGCACUCCCAGUGCGAAUAUUGAGGUUACGGACACGCGCAAGCGGAUAUUUGAGGAAUCUGGCUAUUCAUUCAUUGUUAACUAGUACUACAU